CUAGCUCCGCCUAGUUCAAAGGUAGCUCGAGACCUUUCGUCGGGGAUUUUUUACUUUCUUUUCUUACUGCCUCAAAACCCUGUGGCAACUUUUACAUGUUUAAUUGUCCUGUUUUUUGCCUCGACUGUUCAUGUAGCAAAUGUGUUUUACCUUUCAAAUCGCCAUUAAGUAGCUCUUCGCACACAGAAGAAACACUCUCGAGUGAAGAUGGCAGUUGUUAAGGUUUUGGUUUAUGUUACAUGUUUCUCUUUGUAUCAAGAUUUAGUUUUUUGUGAUGACUAUGUCGAAAGUGGAAACAAGAUCACACUUACUCCAAGCAUCCGUGGAAAGCCUAAAGAAAUACUGUGGAUACAUAAUGGAAACAAGGUUCUGGAGUAUGACGGGAGUGAGAUGGCAACAUUUGGCUCAUUUAAACGCCGUGUAGAUCUUGAUUUUGAAACAGGACAGCUGACAAUAAGCAAACUAAACAGCCAAGACAGUGGUAAAUAUCAGUCUGAAAUUUGGAUCAAUGGGAUUGUUCAAACCUCCAGUCAUGAUUUGACAGUUUUGGAUGCUCUGCCGGAGCCUCAGGUGACCUGUGAACUGGAUGAGACUUCAAAUUUAAAAAAACUGUCCUGUUCAGUGGUAUCCCAGACUCAGCCAAGCUAUGAAUGGAGUGGACCUGAUGUGAAUCAAAAAGGGCCAACACUUCUUGUUAAUGAACAGGAGGAAAACCUUAACUCAGUCUAUACCUGCACUGUGAAGAAUAAAGCUGGAAGCAGGACCACAGACUUUACUCUGCAGGACUGCCACACAGGCAGAGCAAGCCCUGCUGUGCUUGUUCCAGUCUUAAUAGUAACAGUGUCAGUUCUCAUUAUUCUGCUUGCUGUUCUGGCAUUUUACCUCAUCAGACGUAAAAAACAACAGUUAGGGAAGUCUGGACUAAAAAAUAUGGACCCUGAAAAUGGUGAAUCCAAUAACCUGUUGAAUAAUAUACCAACGGAGGCUAUGCCAGGUUCAUCUGAAGCCACACUCCCUUGCCGUACCAGACUUACUGCCCCAAAAGAAUCUAUUGCUGAUAAAAACUGGGAUCAGGACAGUGAAUCGGAGAAUGCAGGUGAAACUCAUGAAGAACAAAAUCUUUUGAAGAAAAGUCCGCAAUCUGCUAUAACAGAAAAAAACAAAGACGACACAGGAAAUACAAAUGAAGAACUUGACAAAAAUGAGAAAAACAAAGAAAAUGCUGAUGAAGCAGAAGAAAACGCUAACAGCAAAGCUGAUGAAACAGACACAGAAGUAGAGAGCCAGAAAUCCUUACAAACCCAAGAAGAAAUGGAGAAAAGUAAAAUACUGAAAGAUGAGAGAAAAGAUGAAGAGGAGUCUCCUGAGGAGCAGAUUGAGACACUGGGAGAGCAGGACACUAAAGAUGCAGAUAAAAAUGAGAGUGAAGAUGAAGAGGAGUAUCCUGAGGAGCAGAUUGAGACACUGAGAGAGCAGGACACUAAAGAUGCAGAUAAAAAUGAGAGAGAAGAUGAAGAGGAGACAACUGAGGAGAAGAUUGAGAGACUGGGAGAGCAGGACACUAAAGAUGCGGAUAAAAAUGAGAGAGAAGAUGAAAGGGGAGACAACUGAGGAGAAGAAUGAGACACUAGGAGGGCAGGACACUAAAGAUGCAGAUAAAAAUGAGAGAGAAGAUGAAGGGGAGACAACUGAGGAGAAGAAUGAGACACUAGGAGGGCAGGACACUAAAGAUGCAGA